GCAGAGUGAGUGUGCGUGGUGACGCAUGUGGUUGGCCGGUCCCGCCCUCUGUUGAAGCGCGGCGGCUGCAGUCUUGGCGGUUGCAGAGCGAGGUCGCGGAGCCGGUGCGGGGGAAGACAGGUAGAAGGCGGCGGCAGCAACGACGAUACCAGCGGUUUUCUUGGCUCAGCGGCCUGCCCUUUGCUACUCCCCCAGGAUGUCCUCUAUGCCGGAUGCGGCCGUCGGAGACGAGCUGAAGCAAGCCAAGGAGAUGGAGGACGCUGAGAAAUACUCUUUUAUGUCCACCCUCACCAAGGCGCCCAAGAAGCAAAUCCAGUUUGCAGAUGAUAUGCAAGAAUUCACAAAGUUCCCAACCAAGACUGGUCGCAGGUCCUUAUCUCGUUCCAUUUCACAGUCUUCCACUGACAGCUAUAGCUCUGCGGCAUCCUACACAGACAGCUCUGAUGAUGAGGUUUCCCCUCGAGAAAAACAGCAAACCAAUUCCAAGGGCAGCAGCAAUUUCUGUGUUAAAAAUAUCAAGCAGGCCGAGUUUGGGCGCCGAGAAAUAGAAAUAGCAGAGCAAGAUAUGUCUGCUCUGAUUUCACUAAGAAAACGAGCUCAGGGGGAGAAACCAUUAGCUGGAGCUAAAAUUGUGGGAUGUACUCACAUUACAGCACAGACUGCGGUAUUGAUUGAGUCACUAUGUGCAUUGGGGGCUCAGUGCCGUUGGUCUGCUUGCAAUAUUUAUUCCACUCAAAAUGAGGUGGCUGCUGCAUUGGCGGAGGCUGGUGUUGCUGUGUUUGCCUGGAAGGGGGAAUCUGAAGAUGAUUUUUGGUGGUGCAUUGAUCGUUGUGUUAAUGUGGAUGGAUGGCAGCCCAACAUGAUCUUGGAUGAUGGGGGAGACCUGACCCACUGGGUUUAUAAGAAAUAUCCAAACGUAUUUAAGAAGAUCAGAGGGAUUGUAGAAGAAAGUGUGACGGGUGUGCACAGAUUAUACCAGCUGUCAAAGGCUGGGAAACUGUGUGUUCCAGCCAUGAAUGUCAAUGACUCUGUCACUAAACAGAAAUUUGAUAACUUGUACUGUUGCAGAGAGUCCAUCUUAGAUGGCCUAAAGAGGACAACUGAUGUGAUGUUUGGAGGGAAGCAAGUGGUAGUGUGUGGCUAUGGUGAGGUUGGAAAGGGAUGUUGUGCAGCUCUGAAAGCUCUAGGAGCUAUAGUUUACAUCACAGAGAUUGAUCCCAUCUGUGCUCUUCAAGCUUGCAUGGAUGGGUUUCGUGUAGUGAAGCUCAAUGAAGUCAUUCGUCAGGUGGAUGUGGUCAUAACUUGUACAGGAAAUAAGAAUGUGGUAACUAGGGAGCACUUGGACAGAAUGAAGAAUAGCUGCAUUGUGUGUAAUAUGGGUCAUUCCAAUACAGAAAUUGAUGUGGCUAGCCUGCGUACCCCCGAGCUGACCUGGGAGCGUGUGCGUUCUCAGGUAGAUCAUGUAAUCUGGCCUGAUGGCAAGCGCGUUGUCCUUCUAGCUGAGGGGCGACUUCUCAAUCUGAGCUGUUCAACUGUUCCUACCUUUGUUCUGUCAAUCACAGCUACCACUCAGGCUCUGGCUUUGAUUGAGCUUUACAACGCUCCUGAGGGACGAUAUAAACAAGAUGUGUAUCUGCUGCCUAAAAAGAUGGACGAAUAUGUUGCCAGCUUGCAUCUGCCUUCAUUUGAUGCCCACCUGACAGAACUAACAGAUGAUCAAGCAAAAUAUCUGGGUCUCAAUAAAAAUGGGCCUUUCAAACCAAAUUAUUACAGGUACUGAUGGACCAUAUUGCUGAAGGACCAGACCACAUACUGAACACAAGAGCUUUAGCAAGAAUAUUUUUAAAGAACAUUUUUGUUUUACUUUCUGAAAUGUUUUUUAUUUCUUCAUGUGAUCUUAUUAUCCCUUUUCAUUCUGGUUUUUAAAAAAUAUUAUUUCCAUGUCUGUGUCUGACCUUGCAGACAACUUGGACUUCCCUGCUGCAUCACCACUGAAAUAGUGUGGUUUUAUCCCCCUGCCUCUCUUGCUAGUGAGAGGAUUUCUUUUGGCAAUGAAGGGCGUUCAUUUCCUGUGGUGAUUUUCUUUAUUUUAAUUUAAACCUUUCCAGUGCACCUUAGUUCUAGUUAAUAUAUCUUUAAAAAUAUUAAGAGGACUAUUUUUUUCUGUGUGGAAAAUUUGAAAUUGCCUUAAUGAGCCCCAAUUUAUUAGCUGCUAUAUCAGAGCUCCUUUUCCUGCACUGGAACAGAGUUGACAUCUUGUGGCCACCUACGAUACAAACAUAUAUUCAACAAAUGCCUAACCCUUGUCCUAACUGUGUUAUCUGAGAGAGAGCAGAAUCCUUUUAAUUUCAGUGGGACAAUUUCAAAUACAAUCAGUUAUACUGGGGGGCGGGGGUUCCUUCAUGAAACUUCUAGUUGCAUACAUGGUUACACUAAGCCUAGGUGGAUGCUAGUUCCUUUUUUUGAGAAGUUAGGGUGCUAAUUUGAAGGGAUAUUGCCUAUCUACUAUGUUUGCCUUUCUAUAACCUAGAUUUUGGAUUUCUUUAAGCCAAGGUGUGUUAAUAUCCUAUUUUAAAAGGUAAUGGGGUGAGGAUUUAUUUUCUUCAGGUUGGGAUAUUUUUAAGUAGAACAUGUCAGUAAUUGCAUAGCAGAACUGUUAGUACCCACUCCCAUCAAGCCCUUUUGAGCUGAAAUGGUACCUCCUGUAGGCCAGCCCUUCACUUGCAUUGCACUGGCAAUGUUUAAAUGAUGUAGCACUACUAGUUUUUCAAGUCUUACAAAGAAUGAUUCAUUGUGUAAAGCAAUCCCUCCAUCUUCAAGGCUCCAUUUGUAGCAAAUGAAUAUUGAAGGUGGAAUUCCUUUCCAUUGGCACUGCUACUCUAAGUGCUCUGCUGCUUUUAAUUACCUUAUACCUGUAAGCUAGUAUAGUAUGUUGAAUUAAUGUGAUGCACUGGUAUCUCUCCCGUGAAGCCCAGCUUUCAUAUUUUAGUGCCAUAAAAAAGUGGAAGUUUCAGCACCUUGGAAGCACACAAUCAGCUAAGAGUGGUUCAGGUGAGUGUUGUUUAGAUAGGUCUGACUGAUUCACACUUGUGCUGAAAUCUUAGUGGGCAGCAAUGUCAAGAGAGUACUAUGAAGCAUGGUAAAUACAUGACCAACCUUGAACUUUCUGCCUUUUUCGUAAACUCUGCAGAAAACUUGAUGUAAAUAUUGAAUAUAACAUUCCUAACUCCACCUUAAUAUAAUGUGUCCCACAAUUGUAUGACCUAUGCUAGGUUAGGUAGGCUGUGGUCUCUCUGAUUGGUCCUCCACUGAGAAUAGUAUGUGAUUUGGAGAGUCUCGUAGCCACUAAAGCUUUUCACGCUCAUAAUGCCUGCUAUACAAUUUACUGAUCACUAAAUUACCCUUAUUCAUAACCAAAUAGUUGCACAUUGGCAACUAAGCCUUUUCCAGUAUUCCAGACCAAUGAUUCUGACUUGAAUACAGGGGCUCCCUCUCCUUUCAGUUUCCCAGAAUUGGAUUUGCUUUGUUUUAAGUUUGGCCGGGCCAAAUUACCUCUUCUUUCUUAGUAUAACAAGCCCAGGACUCACUCUGUGUAUGUUUGUUUCCUUUCUGUUCUUUUAAUCUUAGUUUGCCACACACCAGGGUGGCUUGUUUUGUUUUUUCCUUUUGUUAAUUGCACAGCUCUAGUACCACAGGCUCUGAUCCCAGAACUGGCUUGGAUCCCCCUAAGCCAAGCAGCAUAUUCCCAAAAGUCCUCCAUGAAGCCCAUGAGGGACCUUUCAUUCCAUUUGUCUGCCUCUGUGUUGCAGUGUCAAUAGAUACCUUAGCUAAGGGCUCCAUCUCUAUAUAAGCCAUGAAAUAAAUUCUCAUGCCUGGCAACACCUCAGUUCAGUUAGAGGGAGCAUGUUAUAGCAUCAACCCAGGUGGGGAUAGGUUUAUUUUGUAUAUGAAUGAUUUUUAAUGAACGCAAUAUUAAUCCUUGCAAAUGAGCAAUAAAUCAUUACGCAAAGUCUAAAUAAAAUGAUUAGAAAAA